AUUAGCAAUCUUGAAAAUAAUCGAACUCGUGAAAAAGAGAAUGCAAAAAAGUCAGCAUAUAAAUUUGAAAUUCAAUUGAGUGAGCAUCAUAGAGAAAUGCCAUCAUUAGAGAAUUCAAUUGUUAAAGAACUUACAAAUAUUUGUGGAAUCGCUCGUUAUAAGAUUACCUCUUUACCAGAAAAAAAAAAGAUUAUAGUCCGAUUAAAUCAAUAUAAAUUAAGGAAAAAUGGUUAUAAUAAUACUAAUCGUGGUGCGAUAGGCGUUUAUGGUACUUCUUGGGCCUUCAUUAUGAAAAAGUUUGGUCAUAAUAGUGGCCCUUUAAGCAGAAGGAUACAAGUUAGUUUCAAAGAUAAAGCGAGAUCAGAAUUGGAGCAUAUAAUAAAAAAUAAAUUACCACUUGGU